UUCCUUAAACCUCAGACCCAUCCUCCCAUUCUCAGCUCCCAUUCUCAGAGAGAGAGAGAGAGAGAGAGAGAGAGAGAUGGGCAACAGCUUGGGAGGAAGGAAGACAGCCAAGGUCAUGAAGAUAGACGGCGAGACAUUCAAGUUAACUACUCCUGCGCGAGUCGCCGAUGUCCUCAAAGACCACCCCGGCCACGUUCUAAUGGAAUCAGAGGCGGUCCGCCACUUGGGUGUCCGAGCUAAGCCAUUGGAUGCGGACCAUGCAAUCAAACCCAAGCGGCUCUACUUCCUUGUCCAAUUGCCUGAAGUCCGAGACCCGAAAGGAAUGAGAAAGGUCCGGUCAGGCAUCAUCAACAUGAAUGCCAAGGACCGGUUGGAGAACCUCAUGUUGUCGAAGCGGUCCAUCUCAGACCUAUCACAUGUGACGUCGGUGGUAGGGACCACGAUCGACGGCCAGGAUGAAGGUGGGGAACGGGCGGUGAGGGUUAAGAUGAGGUUGCCUAAGGCCCAAGUAGCUAAAUUGGUGGAGGAAAGCAAGGAUGCGGCCGAGGCUGCAGAGAAGAUCAUGAAACUAUGUAUUGGGGGCACGAGCGGCAGCGCCGAAGAUUUCUCUAAUGGUGAUGGGAACUUGGCCAUGCAGCAGCGGCAAUGGAAGCCAGCUCUGGGAAGCAUCACGGAGAGCUGCAAGGCAAAGGAGAAAUUCGGAGUAAGAUUCCUUCCAAUCCAAGAGGUGUCUCAAGCAUAAGCUUCCUAAACCCACUCUCCAGCUGGUAGAUGCAGGAUGAAAUGCAUGAGGAUUGACAUUAGUUAUGUUUUGAUGUUGCUUUGUACCACAUACAUAUGAUUUAGAUGUAUUAGAUAUUAAUACAGUGCGGACGCCUUCAUUAGUUUAUCUAACAAGUACUAGCUUAGAAUA